GUGACGUCAGGUAAGCUGAUCACUGCUGUACCCAAGGAGAAAAAUGUCGCUGACAAGCUGCCGAAGGAUGGACGCUGUAUUCUCCGCAGCGUUUCUUCUCUGUUCUCUUGUGACAAACGGUGUUCGUGGAGACAGUCUCACUGUACUUCAGGCUCCACAGUUUGUGUCCUUCCAGAAAGGGGACUGGCCCAUCUCUGGAGAGAAGAUCCCAGACCUGGUGGCUUUAACUAUGGGAUUCUCUGUUCAGGAGGACCUGUCCUGGCCAGGCCUUAAGGCUGGUCCACUGUUCCAGCGUCCCCGGGCCAACGUGCUGGUGGUGGUGAGAGGAGCUGACAGCUUGGACCUGCCCCAGAGCGUGGCCUCCUACCCCCUGGAGAAUCCUGUACCCUUCACACUGGAUAGUGUUGCAGAAACUGUACACUCUCUGUUUGCUGAAGACACCCCUGUAGUGCUGCAGCUGGCCCCCAGUGAGGAGAGGUUGUAUAUGCUGGGAAAGGCCAAUGCUGUGUUUGAGGACCUUCCAGUCACACUGCAGCAGAUCCGUGCCCGUCUGUCCCAGGAUGGCUCCGUGCUGGCCUCCCUGCCUCUUAACUCCCUCAGCAGAAACGUAGAGGCUGAUCUGCUCUUUCUGUCUGAGGUCCAAGUUCUGCAUGAUAUCACAGCUCUGCUGCUGAGGCACAAACAUUUGGCGAAGGAUCAUUCCCCUGAUCUUUACUCCCUGGAGCUGUCUGGUCUGGAGGAGCUCAGCAGAGUCUAUGGCAAAGACUCUCCUCAGUACCGCGAUGCUAUUGCCAUUCUUGCCUCUGUGCUGCAGAAAUUUGCAGAGGACGUGUAUGGCCUCUAUAGCAACAGUGCCGUGGUGGAGGUUGUCACAGUUAAGACCUUCGAGGCUCCUUUGACCAGGAAGUCCCGUUCAAUCCUGGAAUCAAAACAGAUUGGUAACCGUGGCAGCCCAUACAACCUGGCCUACAAAUACAACUUCCACUACGCUGUAGUCUUCAACAUUGUUCUGUGGCUUAUGAUCGCUCUGGCCCUCGCCGUCAUCGCCAUCGCUUACAACCUGUGGAACAUGGACCCAGGAUACGACAGCAUCAUCUACAGGAUGACCAAUCAGAAGAUCAGGAUGGACUGAGUCCUCCUGCCCAUCAAACACUCCUGCUGCCCCCCUAGGUCCCUCUAGUGAAGGUUUGUGUUUUGUGUGAGGUUGUGUUUAGUGAAAAAUACUGUGAGGGCUUGAUGGGAGGAAGGAAAUAACUCUGAAUCAUCUUUGUUUACAACACUAGUGUGAUAAUGAACAAAUUAUUUAACAUUUCAGAAAUGGUUAUCAGAUUUUCCUAAAUGAAGCGGUUCAGUAUGAUCCUCUGGUGAAACGCAUUCAGACUUCCUCCCUUCAAACUCACAUCAUUCCUUCCAACUUAAACUCCUCACUAACGUUUGUUUUGCCCUUGUUGAUUGCAAUUGUGUUUUUUUAUUGUAAAAAACUGUUGUAAUGUUUUGAAAGAAUGAGGUUUGUCUGGUGCCUGAGUGAAGUUAUUGUGCUUGUCUUGCUCUGUGAAAAUGUUUUAAGUUAAAUGAAAUCUAUGUGUAUAUAUUGAAUAUACAAAUGCAACUUUAUGAGAAACUGCUGUACUCUUAUUGUGAAAAGAUUUGUGCUGCGUUGAUUCCAGGUAGGAUUCACCCUGCUUCAAAUGUUAAAUGCAUAUUGGAUUACAUCAUAACUUGAUGCUGAAGUUGGUUGUUGUGAUUGGUUUAGGAUAAAUGAAGCUCUGUAAAUUGCAAUAAACUGUCUGACAAUAAAUUAUUACAUGGA